CCCCCACCAACAUCCGCUUAACUAGCUUACUUGGCUUGUUACCCAGUUCUGUUGCUUUCUGCUUCCCUUAACAUUUGAUUCUUGCGCCGACAUGGUGCCUUCCCUGAAGCGAAAGAGCACAGAUGAUGAAGUCGAACGUCCCAACAAGACUGCAAAGGUCGAUCUGAGUGCCUCAGUCUUGUUCAGUGUUCUGCCACAAUGCCUCCAAAUGGAAGAAACAAUGGACGUAGACAUGGAUGCGGAAGCUAUGACGCCAGUCUCCGCGGAUAGCUCGCCUGUCACUCAUCAUGCCCCUGUUCUUCCCUCUUAUCCACAUCUCCAAAUUUAUACACCUCUCAAAUCAUUCGAGAGCAGCCCUCCCAUCGACAUUCCCCUCGUCCAAUCUCCCUUCUUCGAAUCCGUCCCAGUCACACCUUCCGACCAAGUAUACCCCGAAAAGUCUGUUCAGCUGUUAAGGCCACUCAUCUCUCCGACUUCAUCCUGCAGUUGUGAACGUAUCCCGAAACUUCAACUUUCAUGCAAGAAACCGAACGGCAACCGAUCCCUUUGGAGCUAUUGCGACAGCUGCGGUGCCGUCGGCAUCGUGGCAUGAAGAACUCCGACUUCCGACGUGGCUUUUCAACUCCGAUUUCCGACUGUCAGCAUCCGCCAUUCACCUGUAAUAAUAUGUCUUCUCAACCCGCCCAUUCUGAUCCACUGUACUACUCUCUGUCUCAGCAUUCAGUCUCAUCUCUCUCCACCACCCGCUAUGUAGUCCUGCUUCGUUCUCACUUGCCCUCCGCCAUCCCUCCGCCCCACACAACUUCCCUCCCCCAAAAAAAGUAUGUCCGACACUCGCCGAAUCGCCAACCGAUCGCUCUUCAAGCACCUUCGACCUCUGACACCGCCCGAUUCAUCCUUCAUUACUUGAUGUCCUGGUCUCGUCCAGUUGCGGAUCGAUUCUCGGCAAGCUCGGAAACUGACACUUUCUCUCUUGUUCAGCUGGUCUUUUUCUUCUCACUGUGCUGCUUUCAUUCAGGUUCUUAUUGACGCCGAACAAUCACCUCACCAGCCUCGCCAUCAACCAAUAUCACCGAACUCUAUUCUCGAGUCGUGGAAGCCACUGGCGCUCG